AUGCACACCUUUUCCAACCAUCCGAUCGGGUUGCUUCCGAUCGAGGAAAACUACGACCCGGCCAAGCCGUCGAUUUCGAAGUUUUACGCGGGGCGUGAUAUUUUCAUCACCGGUGGAACCGGAUUUAUGGGUAAAGUGCUGAUCGAGAAGCUGCUGCGUUCCUGCCAGGACGUUAAUCGGAUCUUCGUUCUGUUGAGAGGUAAAAAGGACAAAUCGGUCGCGGAACGGUUCAAAGAGAUGCUGCAGUUACCGUUAUUCGAUGUACUUCACAAACAAUAUCCCGAAACGCUGGCUAAGAUAAUCCCAGUGGCAGGAGACGUAUCUUUUUUGGAACUUGGUUUAUCGAAAGAGGAUGUUGCGUUGAUGAGCAAUGUGUCGGUAAUUUUCCACGUUGCUGCAAGUGUGCGGUUUGAUGACACCCUACGGGACGCUGUUCUGUUAAAUACUCGCGGAACCAGAGAGGUGAUUCAGUUUGGCAGAUCGCUGAAGAAUUUGUGCGUCCUGCUGCACGUGUCAACGACCUACUCGAACCCGGAUCGGUAUGUGAUCGAGGAGAAAAUCUAUCCGCCCUACGCGGAUUGGCGCGAAACGAUCAAACUGGCCGAGCAAGUGGACGAGGAAACGCUGGAAAUUUUUACCCCCAAAUACAUGGGCUUCCUACCGAAUACGUACGUUUUCACCAAAUCGUUGGCCGAACAGAUCGUCGACGAGUAUAAGGACGAGCUGCCGUUGAUCCUGUUCCGGCCGUCGAUUGUGAUUUCGUCGAUGCGUGAUCCCAUCCCCGGUUGGAUGGAUAAUUUCAACGGACCCGUUGGCUUGCUGGUUGGUUGUGGUAUUGGCAUCUGUCGGACGAUGUACUGUGAUCCGGACAACAUAGCAGACUUCACCCCGGUCGAUGUUUGCAUUAAGGCGAUGAUCGUCGCCGCGUGGAAAAAAGGAACUGCCGUGAUUCAGAGCAAUCAAACCAACCCAGAACCCGUGGAACCGCUGCCGGUGUACAACUGUUGCAUUUCGAACCUACGCAACUCGACCAUGGGUCAGAUUGUGGAAAUGGGCAAAGUUCUGUCGGACGAUAUGCCGCUGGAUAACUGCCUGUGGGCACCGGGCGGUGGCCUCACACAGAUAUGGAUCUACAAUUUCGUUCGGGUUAUGCUGUUUCACAUUUUGCCUGCCAUCCUGAUCGAUGUUCUGCUACGGAUGACCGGUCAACGUCCAUUUUUGGCGAAACUCCAACGUAAAAUCUACAUUGCGAACAUGGCUUUGGAGUACUUUAUUCUAAACAAUUGGGACUUUAGAAACCACAAUUUUAUCCGGUUGGCAUCGGAAAUCAAGCCAGAAGACAUAAAGGAAUUCUACUAUCGGGACUUUAUCGAGUUCGACAUUACGUUGUACUUCCGAAACUGUAUCCUCGGUGCCCGACGUUAUUUGCUUAAACAAAAGGAUGAAAAUCUUCCCAGAGCUCUGAAACAUCUCCAGCGCAUGAAAGUGGCAGACAAAGUGUGCAAGCUAAUAGCAUACAGUGGGAUCAGUUAUUUGAUCUUCAUCAAACUAGAUCUACUGGGCUUGCUGCUGCACCUAGCAUCCUAUCGAACAAUGUACAAUCUAGAGAUGGACUGCAGCGCCUUUUGA